AUGAAUCAACGAAAUACAGCAUCGAACAACCAAAAAACACAGAAAAAAGUACAGUUUAUCGAUACCUUGGAAAGGCGCAGGAAAGCAUUUGGUUCAUCAUUUUUAUUAUCAUUUUAUUAUCUGGAAGGAAAAGAAUUCGGCUCUUUGGGUGCAAACCUGUUCUUUUGGCCGAUGUGGGAUGGGGGAUACUUUCUCCCUCUCUUGACUCGCAAGAGGCGUUUACAAGCAUGGAGAAGCUUUGGUACCUUUUUGGGGGGGAUGGCGUCCGAUCGACAGCCCGGGACCAGCUCUCGAGGAGAGAAAGCUGGGGGAUGGGGGCCACUGAGGAAAGUGCUCAGACACCUGCAAUGUGCAUCUUUUCGCCACCGACAGGGGAGAGCUCAGGCCAUCAGAGCUCUACAGUCGAUGCCAUGCACAAGCACUUUCACCCAUCAAGUCGGACCUCAUCUCGACAUUGGACGCCACACCACCAGCCUCGGGCGCUACUCCAAUGAUUAUCUGCAUGAAAGGUCUUAUGACUGUUAUCAGAGCAGCCUAUUAUGA